AUGAGGUGCCACGUUGCUUCCAGCUGCCUCGUGGUCUGGCUUUCUGUGCUGAUCUCUGGAUGCUGUGGCCAGGUGAACCGACUGCCCUUCUUCACCAACCACUUCUUUGAUACAUACCUGCUGAUCAGCGAGGAUACGCCUGUGGGUUCCUCUGUGACCCAGUUGCUGGCCCGAGACAUGGACAACGACCCCCUGGUGUUCGGCGUGUCUGGGGAGGAGGCCUCCCGCUUCUUUGCCGUGGAGCCUGACACGGGCGUGGUGUGGCUCCGGCAGCCGCUGGACAGAGAGACCAAGUCGGAGUUCACGGUGGAGUUCUCUGUCAGCGACCACCAGGGGGUGAUCACGCGGAAGGUGAACAUCCAGGUUGGGGACGUGAAUGACAACGCACCAACAUUUCAUAAUCAGCCCUACAGUGUCCGCAUCCCUGAGAACACGCCAGUGGGGACGCCCAUCUUCAUCGUGAAUGCCACGGACCCCGACCUGGGUGCAGGCGGCAGCGUCCUCUACUCCUUUCAGCCCCCCUCCCAGUUCUUUGCCAUCGACAGUGCACGUGGCAUUGUCACAGUGAUCCAGGAGCUGGACUACGAGACCACGCAGGGCUACCAGCUCACCGUCAAUGCCACGGAUCAAGACAAGACCAGGCCUCUGUCCACCCUGGCCAACUUGGCCAUCAUCAUCACAGACAUCCAGGACAUGGACCCCAUCUUCAUCAACCUGCCUUACAGCACCAACAUCUAUGAGCAUUCUCCUCCGGGCACGACGGUGCGUGUUAUCACCGCCAUCGACCAGGAUAAAGGACAUCCCCGGGGGAUUGGCUACACCAUCAUCUCAGGGAAUACCAACAGCAUCUUUGCCCUGGAUUACAUCAGCGGGGCGCUGACCUUGAACGGCCUGCUGGACCGGGAGAACCCCCUGUACAGCCAUGGCUUCAUCCUGACUGUGAAGGGCACAGAGCUGAAUGACGACCGCACCCCAUCUGAUGCCACAGUGACCACAACCUUCAACAUCCUGGUGAUUGACAUCAAUGACAAUGCCCCAGAGUUCAACAGCUCCGAGUACAGCGUGGCCAUCACUGAGCUGGCACAGGUCGGCUUUGCCCUCCCCCUCUUUAUCCAGGUGGUGGACAAGGAUGAGAACCUGGGCCUGAACAGCAUGUUCGAGGUGUACCUGGUAGGGAACAACUCUCACCACUUCAUCAUCUCCCCAACCUCUGUCCAAGGGAAGGCAGACGUUCGCAUCCGGGUGGCCAUCCCCCUGGACUAUGAGACCGUGGACCGUUACGACUUCGACCUCUUUGCCAAUGAGAGUGUGCCUGACCACGUGGGCUAUGCCAAGGUGAAGAUCACCCUCAUCAACGAGAAUGACAACCGGCCCAUCUUCAGCCAGCCACUGUACAACGUCAGCUUAUACGAGAAUGUCACCGUGGGGACCUCUGUGUUGACAGUCCUGGCAACAGACAAUGAUGUGGGCACCUUUGGGGAAGUCAACUACUUCUUCAGCGAUGACCCUGAUCGGUUCUCUCUGGACAAGGACACGGGACUCAUCAUGCUGAUUGCCAGACUGGACUAUGAGGUCAUCCAGCGCUACACCUUGACAGUCCUCGCCCGGGACGGGGGUGGUGAGGAAACCACAGGCCGGGUCAGGAUCAACGUGUUGGAUGUCAACGACAACGUGCCCACCUUCCAGAAGGACGCCUAUGUGGGUGCCCUGAGAGAGAAUGAGCCUUCCGUAACACAGCUGGUGCGGCUCCGGGCAACAGAUGAAGACUCUCCUCCCAACAACAAGAUCACCUACAGCAUAGUCAAUGCCUCCGCCUUUGGCAGCUACUUCGACAUCAGCGUGUAUGAGGGCUAUGGAGUGAUCAGCGUGAGCCGCCCCCUGGAUUAUGAACAGAUACCCAACGGGCUGAUUUAUCUGACGGUCAUGGCCAAGGAUGCUGGCAACCCGCCUCUGAACAGCACUGUCCCUGUCACUAUCGAGGUGUUUGAUGAGAACGACAACCCUCCCACCUUCAGCAAGCCUGCUUACUUUGUAUCCGUGGUGGAGAACAUCAUGGCAGGAGCCACGGUGCUCUUCCUGAACGCCACGGACCUGGACCGCUCCCGGGAGUACGGUCAGGAGUCCAUCAUCUACUCCUUGGAAGGCUCCUUCCAGUUUCGGAUCAGCGCCCGCUCAGGUGAAAUUACCACCACCUCCCUGCUGGACCGUGAAACCAAGUCUGAGUACAUCCUCAUCGUACGGGCAGUGGACGGGGGCGUGGGCCACAACCAGAAAACCGGCAUCGCCACUGUGAACAUCACCCUCCUGGACAUCAACGACAACCACCCCAUCUGGAAGGACGCCCCCUACUACAUCAACCUGGUGGAGAUGACCCCUCCAGACUCUGACGUGACCACAGUGGUGGCCAUUGACCCAGACCUGGGGGAGAAUGGCACUCUGGUGUACAGCAUCCAGCCACCCAACAAGUUCUACCACCUCAACAGCAGCACAGGCAAGAUCCGCACCACCCACGUCAUGCUGGACCGGGAGAACCCCGACCCCCACGAGGCGGAGCUGAUGCGCAGGAUCAUCGUCUCUGUCACGGACUGUGGCACACCCCCUCUGAGAGCCACCAGCAGUGCCACGGUGUUUGUGAACCUCUUGGACCUCAAUGACAAUGACCCCACCUUUCAGAACCUGCCUUUUGUGGCCGAGGUGCUUGAAGGCACCCCUGCGGGGGUCUCCGUUUACCAGGUGGUGGCCAUCGACCUGGACGAGGGCCUGAACGGGCUGGUGUCCUACCGCAUGCCUGUGGGUAUGCCCCGCAUGGACUUCCUCAUCAACAGCAGCAGCGGCGUGGUGGUCACCACCGCCGAGCUAGACCGCGAGCGCAUCGCCAUGUACCAGCUGCGCGUGGUGGCCAGCGACGCGGGCACACCCACCAAGAGCUCCACCAGCACGCUAACCAUCCGAGUGCUGGAUGUCAAUGAUGAGACACCCACCUUCUUCCCUGCCAUGUACAACGUCUCCGUGUCCGAGGACGUGCCGCGGGAAUUCCGGGUGGUCUGGCUGAACUGCACCGACAACGACGUGGGCCUCAACGCUGAGCUCAGCUACUUCAUCACAGGUGGAAACGUGGAUGGGAAGUUCAGCGUUGGCUACCGCGACGCCGUCGUGAGAACGGUGGUAAACCUAGACCGGGAGACCACAGCCUCAUACACGCUCGUCCUGGAGGCCAUCGACAAUGGCCCCGUGGGCAAGCGGCGCACAGGCACGGCUACCGUGUUUGUCACCGUCCUGGAUGUGAAUGACAACCGGCCCAUCUUUCUGCAGAGCAGCUAUGAAGCCAGCGUCCCCGAGGACAUCCCUGAGGGCCACAGCAUCGUGCAGCUGAAAGCCACGGAUGCGGACGAGGGCGAGUUUGGGCGUGUGUGGUACCGCAUCCUUCACGGUAACCAUGGCAACAACUUCCGGAUCCAUGUCAGCAAUGGGCUCCUAAUGCGAGGGCCCCGGCCCCUAGACCGGGAGCGGAACUCUUCCCACGUUCUUAUAGUGGAGGCCUACAACCAUGACCUGGGCCCCAUGCGGAGCUCCGUCAGGGUGAUAGUGUACGUGGAGGAUGUCAACGACGAGGCCCCAGUGUUCACGCAGCAGCAGUACAGCCGCCUGGGGCUUCGCGAGACGGCGGGCGUAGGCACGUCGGUCAUCGUCGUCCGAGCCACGGACCGAGACACUGGGGAUGGUGGCCUGGUGAACUACCGCAUCCUGUCAGGCGCGGAGGGGAAGUUCGAGAUUGAUGAGAGCACGGGGCUUAUCAUCACCGUGGAUUACCUGGACUACGAGACCAAGACCAGCUACCUGAUGAACGUGUCCGCCACCGACCAGGCACCCCCCUUCAACCGGGGCUUCUGCAGUGUCUACAUUACUCUGCUCAACGAGCUGGACGAAGACGUGCAAUUCUCCAACGCCUCCUACGAGGCUGCCAUCUUGGAGAACCUGGCACUGGGCACCGAGAUCGUGCGGGUCCAGGCCCACUCCAUUGACAACCUCAACCAGAUCACCUACCGCUUUGACGCCUACACCAGCGCCCAGGCCAAAGCCCUCUUCCAGAUAGAUGCCAUCACGGGUGUGAUCACCGUCAAGGGCCUGGUGGACCGGGAGAAAGGUGACUUCUACACCUUGACGGUGGUGGCAGACGUCGGCGGCGGCCCCAAGGUGGACUCCACCGUGAAGGUCUACAUCACUGUGCUGGAUGAGAAUGACAACAGCCCCCGGUUCGACUUCACGUCCGACUCGGCCGUCAGUGUGCUCGAGGACUGCCCCGUGGGCCAGCGCGUGGCCAUUGUCAAGGCCUGGGACCCCGACGCCGGCAGCAACGGGCAGGUGAUCUUCUCCCUGGCCUCUGGCAACAUUGCCGGGGCCUUUGAGAUCAUCACCACCAACGACUCCAUUGGCGAAGUGUUUGUGGCCAGACCCCUGGACAGAGAAGAGCUGGACCACUACAUCCUCAAGGUUGUGGCAUCCGACCGUGGCACCCCUCCACGGAAGAAGGACCACAUCCUGCAGGUGACCAUCCUGGAUGUCAAUGACAACCCCCCGGUGAUCGAGAGCCCCUUUGGGUACAAUGUCAGCGUCAACGAGAAUGUGGGCGGGGGUACCGCUGUGGUCCAGGUGAGAGCCACUGACCGUGACAUCGGGAUCAACAGCAUCCUGUCCUACUACAUCACUGGGGGCAACGAGGACAUGACCUUCCGCAUGGACCGCAUCAGUGGCGAGAUUGCCACGCGGCCUGCACCACCCGACCGUGAGCGCCAGAGCUUCUACCACCUGGUGGUCACCGUGGAGGACGAGGGCACCCCUACCCUGUCGGCCACCACCCACGUGUACGUGACCAUCGUGGACGAGAACGAUAACGCGCCCGUGUUCCAGCAGCCCCACUACGAGAUCUUACUGGAUGAGGGCCCGGACACAAUCAAUGCCAGCCUCGUCACCAUCCAGGCACUAGACCUGGAUGAGGGGCCCAACGGCACAGUUACCUAUGCCAUCGUUGCAGGCAACAUCAUCGACACCUUUCACAUCAACAGGCACACGGGCGUCAUCCGUGCUGCCAAGGAGCUGGACUACGAGAUCAGCCAUGGCCGCUACACCCUGACCGUCACCGCCACGGACCAGUGUCCCAUCUUGUCCCAUCGCCUCACCUCUACCACCACGGUGCUUGUGAACGUGAAUGACAUCAACGACAAUGUGCCCACCUUCCCCAGAGACUAUGAGGGACCAUUUGAUGUCACCGAGGGCCAACCAGGACCCAGAGUGUGGACCUUCCUGGCCCAUGACCGGGACUCGGGCCCCAAUGGGCAGGUGGAGUACAGCAUCGUGGAUGGAGACCCUCUGGGGGAGUUUGUGAUCUCUCCCGUGGAAGGGGUGCUGCGGGUCCGGAAGGAUGUGGAGCUGGACCGGGAGACCACUGCUUUCUACAACCUGACCAUCUGUGCUCGAGACAGGGGGGUGCCCCCGCUCAGCUCCACGAUGCUGGUGGGGAUCCGGGUGCUGGACAUCAACGACAACGACCCUGUGCUGCUGAACCUACCCAUGAACAUCACCAUCAGCGAGAACAUCCCCGUCUCCAGCUUCGUCGCCCAUAUCCUGGCCAGCGACGCUGACAGCGGGUGCAACGCCCUCCUCACCUUCAACAUCACUGCAGGCAACCGAGAGCGCGCCUUCUCCAUCAACGCCACGACAGGGAUCGUCACUGUGAACCGGCCCCUGGACCGCGAGCGGAUCCCGGAAUACAAGCUGACCAUUUCCGUGAAGGACAACCCAGAGAAUCCACGCAUAGCCAGGAGGGAUUUUGACGUGCUGCUGAUCUUUCUUGCGGAUGAGAACGACAACCACCCCCUCUUUACUGAGAGCACCUACCACGCGGAGGUGAUGGAGAAUUCUCCUGCUGGGACCCCCCUGACGGUGCUCAAUGGGCCCAUCCUGGCCCUGGAUGCAGACCUGGAUGUCUACGCCGUGGUGACCUACCAGCUGCUGGGUACCCAGAGCGGGCUCUUUGAUAUUGACAACAGCACCGGAGUGGUGACGGUGAGGUCAGGUGUCACCAUUGACCGGGAGGCCUUCUCACCCGCCGUCCUGGAGCUACUGCUGCUGGCUGAGGACAUUGGGCUGCUCAACGGCACAGCCGACCUGCUCGUCACCAUCCUGGAUGACAAUGACAACUGGCCCACCUUUAGCCCUGCCUCCCUCACUGUCCACCUGCUGGAGAACUGCCCACCAGGAUUCUCAGUCCUUCAGGUCACAGCCACAGAUGAGGACAGUGGCCUCAAUGCGGAGCUCGUCUACCGAAUAGAAGCUGGGGCUCAGGACCGCUUCAUCAUCCACCCAGUCACUGGUGUCAUACGUGUCGGCAAUGUCACCAUUGACAGGGAGGAGCAGGAAUCCUAUAGGCUGACAGUGGUGGCCACCGACCGGGGCACCGUCCCUCUCUCGGGCACAGCCAUCAUCACUAUCCUUAUCGAUGACAUCAAUGACUCCCGCCCUGAGUUCCUCAACCCCAUCCAGACGGUGAGCGUGCUGGAGUCAGCUGAGCCAGGCACGGUCAUUGCCAACGUCACCGCCAUCGACCGUGACCUCAACCCUAAGCUGGAGUACCACAUCAUCAGCAUCGUGGCCAAGGACGACACUGACCUCCUGGUGCCCGACCAGGAGGACGCCUUUGCCGUGAAUAUCAACACAGGUACAAGGGCCUGCUCCCCUCCAGCCUUCCUCCUGACUCGCUGCCCCACUGCUCCUUUCUCCUCUCGUUUCCCCACUAUUGACAGCACAUCCUUCCCUCUCUUUGCCAUCUCUCCCCUGGCUCUUUCCCUCUCUCCCUUCUCUGUUCCUUCUCCCUUGACCAGCUCCCUCUCUGUCUGA